GCCCAGGGCACAGGAAGAGGUUGAGCACUCACAGUUCCAGGGUCUGCGGGAGGAGCCUGGACUUGGUCUCACUUGCUGGCUGUCUCUGAGGGGCAGGAACAGAACUUUCCAGAGUGCAGGCAGGAAGGGCGGAGGAUGCUCACAAAGGGCACUGCCUGGAUUGCUGUCUACAGAGGCUCGGCUCCCUCUGAUGUUUUGAACCCAGGGGAAUCACUGGCAAGAAUUAUUUCAGCUCCCAAGAAGGGGACUUGGCGACAGACACAGAAGGAGCUGUGCGGGCAGAGAGGCCCAGCAGGGUUGCCAUGGGAACGCCUCCUGAUUGGAAAGGGAUUCUAUUGGGGUGCGAAGGACAGAAGGAGGCACCCUGAAUCCUGUCUACCUCACCCAUUCCCUCCCUCAGCCUGGGACCAACUCCAAGGCAGGCAGCCUCAGGCUUGCCCAGGCUUCUGGAGGGCUGGAGAAGGAAUUGGAAUUGACAUUGAAUUCCAUGUAUGCUGGAGCCUGGUCUCUAUUCCACGGCAGACAGUAGCAACCAAGCAAGCAAAUGGAUGGAGAAGGAAAUACGGGGCCUACACACAAUGGAGAUUUACUGAGUCUCCAAGAGGAACGGGAUGAUGCCAUUUACAGGUAACUAGGAGGAGAUCACAUCAGUGAAGUCAGGCAGCCUCGGAAAGACGGACACUACACUUUCCCACCUGGUAUGCAGGGUGCUGGUUAGUUUUCUUCAACUUUACACAAACUACAGUCACCUGGGGAGAAGGACCCUCCAUUGAGGAGGUGCCUCCAUCAGAUGUGCCUGUCUAUAGCGCAUUUUCUCCUCCUUCCUUCCUUCCUUCCUUCCUUCCUUCCUUCCUUCCUUCCUUCCUUCCUUCUCCCUCUCUCUCUCUCUUAUUAUUAUUAUUGGUUUUGUUUUUUAAGAGGGAGAAAGAACAUGAAGUUGGCAGUGCAUUGUCUUUGAUUAAUGGCUAAUGUGGGAGGCCCUAGCCUACUAUAGAUGAUACAGCUCCCUGAACAGGUAGUCCUAGUGCUGUGUGCUAUGUAGGAAAGGUUGCUGAGGCUCCUGCUUUAAUGCCUGUGUUCAGGUCCUGCCCUGAUUUACUGCUUUGGCUUCACUCAGUGAUGAGCUACCAGGAAUGAGUGAAAAUAAAUCCUUUCCUCUCC